AUGCCCCCUCCAAACACCCCCGCAUCAGAAGGCGAUGCUCCCCCCGGCUCAGUAAACAUAAACUCCCUCUCCUCGCAACAACUGCGCGCGCUGCAAACCCGUCUCUCGACCGAACUCGAGCACCUAACCUCCUCACACGCAAAGCUGCGCGCCGCCCAGUCGCGCUUCCGGGACUGCGUGCGCUCCAUUAACGAUGGAGUCGUCGGGUCCGCGAAGAAGGGCACCCAGGGGAAGGACGAGAUUCUGGUUCCGCUGACGAGCUCGCUGUAUGUUAAGGGGCGCUUGACGGAUCGGGAGCAUGUACUUGUUGAUGUUGGGACGGGGUAUUAUGUUGAGAAGACACCCGCGAAGGCGAUUGAGUUCUACGAGCAGAAGGUGAAGGAGUUGGAUACGAAUCUGACAGAAUUGGAGAAGGUUGUGCAGACUAAGAGCUCUCAGCAGCGAGUCUUUGAAGAAGCUCUGAGGCAAAAGUUGAUGACCGAGGGUGCUGCAUCGUCGGGCCAGGCUGCGGCUGCUGGAUAA